AUGACAAAGAAAGAGACUGCCAAAGUGAUCCAAAGGGGGCCACAGUUGCUGUCAUGCAGAGAGGCAAAUAUCCUACAAACAGCCGACUGGAUCCAAGAUUAUCUACAACUCAAUGACAAGACAUUAAAGAAGAUUAUCAUCACAAAUCCUUCCAUCUUGGGCUAUAGUGUCACAACACUAGCGGGGAAGACAAAGUACUAUCAGGAAACAUUUGGUUGGAGCAUUCAGGACCUAGUAAAAGUUUUGACUGCUUUUCACAUUAUGAGUUUAUCCAUUGAAGAGAACCUUGAGCCAAAGCGAAAAUGGCUCCACAAGACAUUAAAUGUUACCAAUGAUGGCAUCUCCAAACUCAUCCAGAAGAACCCAGUACUGCUUAGUGCUAACCUGGAUGACAUGGUUGACAGAUUGGAAUUCCUCCAGGGCCAGUUGGAACUCAAUUCCACCGAAGCAAUACAGAAAUUUGUUUGGAAAGCUCCUGGAAUUUUUGUUUUCACCAAGGGCCUAUUGGAGGAGAAGAUUAUGUGGUUCCAAUCGUCUUCCCUUGGCCUGACAAAAAGGGAGAUGUCAAAAGUGAUCAGAAGUCAACCUACAUUGCUUGCCAGUAGCAUUGAAAACAAUUUGGAACCUACACUACAGUGGCUGAAUGAUCGCUUUGGUCAGACUGAAACCAAAAAUCUGGUUACGAGCCUACCUUCGAUUCUGGUAUGCAGCGUACCAAAGAAGCUUGAGCCACAGUUGAGGUAUCUCCAAGUGUUAUUUGAACUAAAUGAGACUGAACUCUCAAGUAUGGUGUGUAAGCUUCCAUCAAUUCUGGGCUUCACCCAAACCAGCCUGGAGGAGAAGUUGCAGUUUUAUGCAACAUGUGUUGGAUCAAGGCCUGAGGCACUUGAAUUCAUCAGCAGAAAUCCACGUCUAUUCAGUGCUAGCCUUGGAAAUCGGUUGAUUCCAAGGUGGGAACAAGUCAUGGAACUGGACCUGCCAGAACGUGGGUUCACAGUGCCGAUAUCGAUCCUUGCAACGUAUACCAAUACAAGAUGGGAAUUGUAUUUGGCACGAAGGAGGAAGCUCAUAGUAAAUUCGGGUGACUAG